CCGAGCGCUUCAAACCCGACGGACGGACCGCUGCAGUCUGGAGCCGCGUGGAAGGACUGCACACCCCAUUUAUUUCACAACGCCUAGGUGGCGAGCCCGAAUCAGCGCUUUCUUUGAUUUGUCCUCAAGCAUCGUCCUCAAACUGGUUUAUUCAUCUUAUUCGCGCCAUGGCCAACAAAGAGGAGAAAGCUGACGAGAAACAGUCGAGUUGGAAGGAUUUCAUCUACAACCCGCGGACGGGAGAAUUCAUCGGGCGCACCGCGAGCAGCUGGGCUCUUAUAUUCCUCUUCUAUCUGGUCUUCUAUGGCUUCCUGGCGGGGAUGUUCACUCUCACCAUGUGGGUGAUGCUACAGACACUGGAUGAUCACACUCCCAGAUACAGGGACCGAGUGGCCAAUCCAGGGCUGAUGAUCAGGCCGAAGUCCUUUGAAAUUAAAUUUAACCGAUCGAUUCCCCAGCAAUACAUCGAAUAUGUGCAGCACCUGGAGUCGUUCCUGCAGCCGUACAAUGACUCUCUGCAGGAGGUGAAUGAGGCCUGUCCCGAGGAUAUGUACUUUGAGCAAGACGAGUUUGAGGUGAAGAAGGUUUGCCAGUUCAAGAGAAGUAUGCUACGACAGUGCUCUGGACUGGCUGACAGCAAUUUUGGUUAUUCCGAGGGUAGGCCGUGCAUCCUAGUCAAGAUGAAUCGAGUGAUUGGGCUUAGGCCACGAGGAGACCCACAUAUCAACUGUGUAGUCAAGAGAGAUACUCCCCUGCAGAUGCAGUAUUUCCCCAUUGAAGGCAAACUGGACAAGCGUUACUUCCCCUAUUAUGGCAAGAAAUUGCAUGCGAACUACGUCCAGCCGAUCGUAGCCGUGAAGCUGCUGCUGAUGGAGGACGACUAUAACUCUGAGCUCACCAUCGAGUGUAAGGUGGAGGGUUCGGACCUGCUCAACAACAACGAGCGCGACAAGUUCCUGGGCCGCGUCAUCUUCCGUGUCAAAGUGACCAAGUAGCCUGGAUCAUUCCCCGGAGACGCACGAUGUCACUUCCUCUCACGCGAAUCCUUCUCAUGUUCAUCACGUCCAUAUCACGCACCUCGUCCCCUGUGUAGUGUCCUACCGAGCGCAGUACGAAUGCAGUUCAGAGCUCGUCCUGGAUUGAAGUGUAGCUGGAUGCACACAGACCCUCGCUGGCCCUGCGUUACGGACAGGUCAGCGAGGGAAAAGUGCACGUGUGUUAAGGUUAAUUAAGAUUUCAGGACUUAUUUCUCAUCGUAAUUCAUCGAUUCACCCAUUUGUCAUAAAACAAGCCAAUGGAAAUCAAAUGUAAAGACGCAUACGUUCUCCUCCGAUGCCUCGUCAUUCGAGAGAAGCUAGAGUCAUCGUGUAGUCAGUAUAGGGACCUGUAAAUAGAUGCAUAAACACGUGGAUGUGGUCUGCUCCCCUCAUAGUACUGUUUAGCCUGCUGUGUGUGUGUGUGUGUGUGUGUGAUGUGAAGCCUACAUGUACAUAUUUAAUGGAUUUUAAACACUUUUUCUUUGUCAUUGCUCCCACGUCGUCCGACUGCUGUAAGAAAUCAAGAGUAUGAAAUUAUAUAAUAGCUGUAAUUUAAGAUUAUUGAGAAAUGAAAAUAAAUAAAUAGAGGAGGGGGAAACGCCAAAAAAAACAUCUAUAUAUCGAAGCUGGUUUGAAAUCAUCUGAGAGAAAGGAUCUUUUUAAACCUCUGCAGAAACGGUUCUUUGUGCAGAUGCCUUACGAUCUGUAUGAGUUUAAAAAUCUUGAAAUAAAAGUGAUUUUAAACAAA